UAAAUAACUUUCCGAAUUUUUAUUCCUGUAUUUGUCAUGAUAAGUGUACAAAAAUAAUUACUUAUCUUAUAAAUUGAGUUAAUUUAUUUAAAAAAAAAAAUCUGUUACCUUGAACUGUUAAGCUUUUUUUUUAUCUUAACCUUUACACCUUAUCCUGCAAUUUUUUGUAGAUCUCAAGGGGAACGUUCUUAACAUGGAGACUAGAGAAAUAAAAAUCGAUGCCCCUUGGGGCAAAAUAGCUUUAAAACUUUGGGGUGAUGAAAGAGACCCAGCCGUGUUUGCCAUACAUGGGGUCAUGGAUAACGCCGGCAGCUUUGAUAACUUAAUACCCUUAUUGCCAACUCACAUGUUCUACAUUUGCGUAGACCUUCCGGGCCACGGAAAAUCCGACCAUUUUCCGCCCCAUUUGCCCAUAUUUACAAUAAAUUAUGUUUUAACUUAUAUAAUUGUAACAGACUAUUUUAAAACGGGCAAAUAUAUUGUUAUGGGUCAUAGUUAUGGGGGGCAAAUUGGUCAAUUAUUUUCUCGGAUAUACCCGGAAAGAGUGGAGAAGCUUAUUAUGUUUGACACAAUUUAUACUAACCCUAUACCGACUAAGUAUUAUAGGGAGUAUUUGGAAGAUAAGUUUUCUACAUAUUUAUAUUUAGAAAAUAAAAUGAAGACUGGCGAGGCUCCUCUGUACAGUUAUCAGGAAGCUGUGGACAAGAUAAUGAAGGUUCGACCAUAUCCUAUAGAGGGAGAUGCUGUUAAAAACUUAUUAAAAAGAAUGCUUAUUCCAGUCGAAGGUGAUAAAUACAAACUAUCAAUAGACCAAAGACUAAAAUGCUUCAUUAAUCCAUUACACAAUGACAAAUAUGCUAUUGAUUCCUUAACAGAGAGCCCACUGAAAUGUCCUGUUCUGAUGAUAUUCGGUCUUGAUUCUAGGGCUCAAAGGCACCUUUUAAGGCCUAUUUUAAGCCACUUAAAAAAGCAGAAGAAUGUUACAGUAAAAUAUGUGCCUGGGCAUCAUGAUGUGCAUCAAAAUGACCCCGAAAGGGUGGCCCCAAUAGUGAACGAGUUUUUGGCCGUGACAAAAAGCAAACUUUAGAUUAUUUACUAUUAAUAUUUAUCUUUUAAAUAUUGUUUUACAUUCCAAAGGUGAUGGAAAGGUAAAAAAAGAGUUUUUAACUAAACAUUUUAAAGUGUUGGGUGCUAUUAUGUAUAUAAAUAAAACAAAUUUAAUUAUAAGAAAUUCUAUAAUGCUGUACAAAAAGUAAUACAUAUUAAUAAUGAUAAUAA